AUGAAUUUCAAUUAUCCCGAUUUUUUGCAAGAGCGCCCCGACAAAGGUCAAGAACAGUUUGGGUCGGCAGGUACGCAUGGAAAUUUAGCAAACGAAGCCAAACAAGAAGAUGGUAAGAGCGAAAAUGAUAAAAACAACGAAAACAGUCAUUUCAACAACAUAUUGUUCAACAAAUUGACUAAUUUGGAAAGUGGGCAAUCUCAGUCGCCAACUUCUACGGCACAGGGAGAUAUGAAUGCUAACAUGAUGUCACCAAUGAUGGGGUCGCAUUUCCAGUCACAAGGGGCGCCAGUAGGAGGAAUGGGUCAGUAUGGGUACCAGGGACCAUUAACACAGCACGAUUCGUUUAACUUGCCAGUCGAAUUACAGGGAGGUGUGGGCACCAUUUCGUCGAGAAGGCCUAGUUAUGCGGCUGAAUCGUUCACCAGGUCCAACUUGCCGGUCAAUUACAACAAUUUUUUGAAUUUGAGUUUGAGUCAGGGGGCUGGGGGGCAUCCCGAUGAGUCGCAAGAGCAUGCGUCGUAUAGCAAUGACGGUAACAAGGGAAAUAGUGAGAAGAAUUCGUUGGCGACAUUCGCGGCUGUCAAUAAUUACUCCAAUAACAACAAUGGUGAUAACAAUAAUAAUACUAUCAAUAUGAGUCGAUUUAAUGACAGUUUCAAUAAUAUCGAUUUGAAUGCUAACUUUAACGAUUUCCAGAGCAGAAGACCUAGCCAGUUGGUAGGGUUUCAGUCAAAUUUUAAUCCAUAUCCGCCACCAUUGAAUUAUAUGCCCCAACCCAUGCAGACGACCAACUCCGUAAUAAAAUUGGAGAAUGGUUUGAUUUUAAGGGACCAGUACAUUGUUGCGUCUUCUAACUUAAAAAGCUUGUAUAUGAAAACUGCUAGAUACUUCCAGAAUAUGGAAACCAGUGAAAAAAUAAUAAGUCAGUUAAACGAAUUAAUCAACAACCCCGUUAUUAUUAAGUUGAUAACCUUCAUCAAAAAUUUGAACAAUUUGACGUUCAAUCACAAGAUUUUGUGUCUUGUUAUAAAUAAAAAUGGGAAAUUUGAUUUAUUAUCCUAUCCUAAUAAUUCAAAUAUAUUUCUUCAAAAGCAUGAUUUAGUCAUCGUUGAUGGUGAUAGAGGUAAAGACUUAGUGAUGAUCUUAGAACCUUUGGUCAAUUUGAACUUUGCGAUUUUAUUUAACUUUUUGAAAAAGUUAGAACAUCUUAAAUCCUUGACUAUUAUUGAUUCCAACCAAUCUACAGGACAUAAUAUGCAGCUGCAACUGAAAGGUCCUAAGAAACCAAGCGGGGGGACUCAUUCGACUUCGGUCAAUGCAUCGUCUAUUGUAAAUUCUCACAAUAAUGAGGAUAACGAAUUCAUUAUUACGUUACCAACUAAGCAAGUAUUAAGAUUUGCUACUCCAAAGGAGGUUCAUAAGAUCAGUGGUAAGUUCUUGGAAGAAAAGAAAGCAUUUAUCACAUGUUUCAAUAAGAUCAAAGAGUUAAAUUUGAAUAAUGAUUUACAACUAAUCAAUGUUGAAUAUCAAUCUGAUUUCAAAAAAUUAAUUUUCUAUUAUUUUGCAGGGUUCAAAAGAAUAGACUUUAGAGGAUUAAUCAAAGAAUUAUUUAAAAUCUACAAGACAAGAAUUUGGUUGUGCGCAGUGUUGCCGUUUGAUAAACCAGAAUUAUAUAUCACUAUGGAUGAAGAGGAAGAUGUAAAGGAACCAAAAAACGAAAUCAAGAAUUAUAUUCCAAACGAAUAUGAAUUGUCAAAUGAGCAAAUUUUGAACUUUUCUAUUAACGAGUUUCAAAACUUGGCUGAUCCAAAUUACUUCCAUCUGGUAAAUUUAAAGAAUUUGAUCAAGCAUUUGUCGAAUGAAAUUAAAGGAGACUUUUACGGUUUUAAUAAUAAGAAUGAUGUCAGUUCGUCUGUGCCACCACAAUCGUCGGGCUCUAACAGUUCCAUUCCGCCAACUUCCAGUUCUUCGGCCGCUACGAAUAUUACUAAUGGGGGUAUAUUUGAUCACUACGAUUCAAACAUUAAUUUUAGCAACAAUUCAAAUAUUUUGCCCAAAUUUAAUCCCUUUGGCGAUGAUAAGAAUCAUUUCCAAAUGAACAGAUAA